AUGCGUUCCGCUCUCAUUCUUGCCGCCGUCGCCGGCUUCACCACUGCCAACCCGGUUGCUCCUCGUAGCACAACACCUCAGGGCGGAAUCGACCUGAAAAUCUUCGAUGCCGAAACCAAGCCGACCAAGGUCGGCCCGGCCGUCGGUGCCAGCUCCGAGAAGCCAACUUACAACGCGGCACAGGCACAGGCCGCUGCCGCCCAGGACGCCGUUGAGAACCCCGUCGCAGCUGCAAAGCCGAGCGUGAAGGCUCGCGAUUCGACCUGCACCGGCUCCAACCGAGAGCCCGACGGCUAUGGUCCUGUGCCCUCGCCCGACACCUACAGCUCCUUCAUGUCGUCGACUGCGCUCAGCAACAUUGCCAGCGGAGCGGUGGUUCCUCAGGGAUAUAGCCUGGCCUUCCAGGGACUUCAAGCCUCCGUCUCUGGCCCGUCAUACCAGGGUCUCUACACCCUGCGGACGUACGACCCCAUCCAGUGCCAACAGUACUGCGACGCCGCUCCUGCAUGCUACAGCUUCAACCUGUUCAUUGAGAGAAACCCCAAGUUCACCCCGAGCGACACCUGCGUCGACCCGGAGAGCAUCACCAACUACAAGUGCACGCUCUGGGGAGCCCAGCUAUCCGGAGACGCUGCCACGAACCAGGGCCAGUGGAGAUACCAGUUCCAAGUCGGCAUCACUGGAUCCAACGGCUACAACAAGAACGCACCCCCGCCCUCGAAUCCCGGCUUUGACGCUCCCGUUGCUUUUGGUGGCGCCACCCAGGCCCCCAACUCAUACAUGGGCUCCAAGUACUACCCCGGCCCCUUCGACCCCAGCCAGUGUGCCAGCGCUUGCGUGGCGACCACCCAGUACGACCACGACCACCCGAACUCCGACGGCACCUAUGACGCCUGCAACUUCUUCAACGCCUACGUCCUCAGCGAGAACAACGUCCCCCAGGGAACCUACUGCUCCAUGUACACCAAGCCUUGGGACAAGAGCUACAGCACCAACUACGGACAGUGGAGGGGCAACGACUACUACUCGGUCUCGCAGAGCUACGGCUACACGCUCACGGUCCAGGACUCGGGCAAGAUCUAA